CUGAUGGCAAAUAUCUAGUUGGCACUGAUAAUUUAGAGCCAACAAAGAGUCUACAUCGAGUGUCUGCUGAUGCUGGGCAGACAGAGUGGAUAAAGGGACUUCAAUGUGUGACUAAAAGACAAAGCAGACAGAAAGCCCUAUCACAGUAAAUGUUAGAACAGAGAGAAGAGAAUUAUUAGUACAAAUGCAAGUAAUGGAGUCUGCUUAUACAAAUGCGUUGGGAAAAGUUCGUGCACCUUCUCAGAGGAAAUGCUCACCAACACGGCUGGUAUUCAUUGUAAUGGGUCAAAACAUUGUUCUGUUCCUGCUCUUAACCAUCAUGGCUGCCUUUCAUUUUGUUAUAUAUUCUCAAAUUCGAGUGGAGGGGAUGAAAAAUACUUCGCUAACUAAUAACGAGAAACUCCAAUGUGGUUCUUGUUGGAAGAAAUUUGAUGGAAGCCUUUAUUUUUUUGAAGUAAAUCGAAUGACAUGGAUAGAGGCCCGUCUCUAUUGUGCAAGGAUGGAUAGUGAGCUGGUCCUCAUUAACAGUGACAAGGAGCAGAUUUUGGCUGGAAGGGGAACCAAAUGAUCGCGACGGAACAGAAAACUGCUGUCACCUAACCUUCAAAGGGAAGAUAAAUGACGCCCCAUGUGCCAGCGAGACGUACAAGUGUCACGCUAUCUGUGAGAAAAGAGACCUCUCGUGAAGAGUUUUGCAUUGAUCCGAUCAAUGAAACUGCUCUUGUUUAUUAUUAUGAACACAUACAGCAAUAGGGAUAAUCAAGGGCCCCAUGUUUUAUACUUUUAUUUUCAUUUGAUUUCCUGGCCCAGGGUUUUUCAUAAGUGUAGCACUUACCUUUAUAGGACUUAAUUGGAGAGCUCCUAAUAUCUCCCUAUAUUCUUGUUUACUAAUAUGUAUGCAAUAUCCAGAGAUUAAAAUAACUAUAAUAACCUGCUACUAGCAUGAGUAGAGAAAGUAUAUGAUGGUGUUAUAUACAAAUAUAAUGACUGGGAAUAAUGUAAUGAGUUGCUAUUAUGGUGUCAGAUUAUAAAUGCU